CCGAAAUAAGCAGCUGUAGUCCUACACAAACCGAGCUUAACGCCUUAACGGGGCGGUGCGCGCUCCCGCGUGCGGAAAUCAAUUUCUGGCAGACAGUCACUUUUUGGCACGACACCGUGACGACCCACAUAGGGCUCCUAAAGAGGAUGGCAUCUGAUGUCGGUGCUCACAGUCUGCUCAGAAGUGUUUGGUUCUACGUGUACAGAAGUGUAAGGUGGUGUUGGAUCCCCAGCUGGCUGCCAUCAUGGUGUCCCACUUCUCAGAGGCAGCUCCAAAUUGCAGAGGACAAGAUGUUGAGAUAUGUAGGAAGUGCUUUUUCUAAACAGCACAUCUCAAUAUCUAAUGGCAACCUGCUGUGGACUCUAAGUUUUAACAGUAAAGCUGAAAAAAACAAAACACCCAUGGUCCUCCUCCAUGGGUUUGGUGGUGGCGUGGGCAUUUGGGCUCAGAACCUGGAUGCCUUGUGUCAGCAUCACCCUGUCUUUGCCCUGGACAUGCUGGGCUUCGGUCAGAGCAGCAGACCCAUAUUUCCGGCAGAUGCUCAAGAGGCAGAGGACCAGUUUGUGGAGUCAAUAGAAGAGUGGCGUGCUCAAGUGGGUUUGGAAUCUAUGGUCCUGUUGGGACACAACCUGGGAGGAUAUCUGGCUGUGUCAUACUCGAUUAAAUAUCCUGGCAGAGUAAAACACAUAAUCCUAGCGGAACCCUGGGGUUUUCCCACUCGCCUGGACACAGAGGAGGCUGACCGGCCUAUUCCAGUCUGGAUCAAAGCCCUUGGGGCCAUGUUCACCCCCUUCAAUCCUUUAGCUGGUCUACGGCUGGUUGGACCACUGGGUCCAUAUCUGGUCCAGAUUCUGAGACCUGAUUUUAAGAAGAAGUUCUUCUCCAUGUUCAGUGACAACACUGUGCCAGACUACAUCUACCACCUGAAUGUGCAAAGCCCUAGUGGGGAAACGGCUUUUAAGAACAUGACAGUCUGUGGCUGGGCUAAAAGACCAAUGUUGCAAAGGAUGGACCAGUUGCAGGCCAAGAUUCCCCUGACCAUCAUCUACGGUUCCCGCUCCAGCAUUGACAGCACUCAGGUCUUCACUAUCAAAGAAAUGAGACCACAUUCUCAUGUGGAGGUCAUAACAAUCCGUGGAGCUGGACACUAUGUUUAUGCUGACCAGCCAGAGGACUUCAACCACCAAGUUUUGCAAGCAUGUGAUAAACUGGAGUGAAGCAGCUGAAAUAAAUACACUGGAGAAAAAGGGUAACAUCAACAGACAACAGCAUCUAGUGUGGAACCACCUGUGUCACUUGUUCAAAACUGGAAUAAGUGUUGGGGUUAAGCUGUAAAACAAUUAUCAAUUUAUUAAACUAAAAACACAUAUGCUGCAGGAACUAG